AUGGUGGAGGGUUAUGAGCAAGAAGCUGUGCAGAAGAGAACCUUCACCAAAUGGAUCAACUCUCACUUGGCUAAGCACAAACCACCACUGGAAGUCCACGAUCUUUUCGAGGACAUUAAAGACGGGUUGAAGCUCUUGGCGCUGUUGGAAGUGCUGUCGGGCCAAAGACUCCCUUGCGAGCAGGGCCGUCAACUCAAGAGGAUUCACUGGCUUUCCAACAUCGGUACAGCGCUCAAAUUCCUGGAGGGCAGGAAGAUCAAACUGGUUAACAUUCACGCUACGGACAUCGCAGACGGACGACCGUCCAUCGUCCUUGGCUUGAUUUGGACAGUAAUCCUGUAUUUCCAGAUUGAAGAGUUGACAAGCAACCUUCCAGCUUUGCAGGCCUUGUCUGCCAGCGACUCGUCGGUGGAGAGCUCUGAAACGGGGAGCCCUCCCGCCAAGCGCAAAGUGGUCAAGUUUCAGGGCAGGGCCAAGAAGGCCCUGCUCAAAUGGGUGCGUGCCACCGCCACCGAACGUCACGGUAUCCAGGUGAAGGACUUUGGUCCCAGCUGGCGUGACGGCGCAGCCUUCCAGUCGGUGGUACACGCCGUGCGGCCCGACCUAGUGGACAUGCGAGCGGUGCGCUGCAGAAGCAACAAGGAUAACCUGGAGGAGGCUUUCGCGCUAGCGGAGAACGAGUUGGGCAUCCCUCGUCUGCUGGAUCCAGAAGAUGUGGACGUGGACGAGCCGGACGAGAAGUCCAUCAUGACGUACGUGGCUCAAUUCCUCAAGCUCUACCCCGACCCUCGCCGCUCGGACAAUGACGACAAUCGCCGCGACGAGGUACCUGGCCUCAAACCGGCUGGCGGGAAUCAUCAAUUUGACCCUCAAGACAUAGAGCAAAUGCUUGAGAGGGAGGAACGCAAGAUGCUGAGGGAGCUGAAGGCCUUCCUGGACCAGCUGGAGAGAGACGUGCUGAGGGCUCAGGCCGGCGAGGGCAACCUCACGGACAAGUACCAGGCCUUCAAGAACUUCCGCGUGCAGUACGAGAUGAAGAAGAAGCGGGCGGAUCCUCUGCUCCGGCCGUCGCGGAAGGACGGCGAGCUGUCGGCGGAGCAGACUCUGCUCAAACAGGCGCAGGAGCGCCUGUCCAUCAGGCUGCUGGACUGGCACAUCCACCUGGACGAGUCCUUGCCAGGUCCCCUGGGAGCCAUUGGAGCCUGGUUGCACAGAGCCGAGAUGGCCCUCCGAGAGGAGAUUCCCAUCCGGCGCGCUCAUGACGAGACGGCCGACCUGAUCCGCGGGAAGCUGGAGCAGCACAAGGACGUGUUAAACAACCUGGAAUCGCACAGGCGACCGUUCCAGCAGAUUCACCGGGACAGAUCGGUCAACGGCGUCCCGGUGCCGUCGGAACAGCUCCAGGAUAUGGCGGAACGCUUCAAUUUUGUGUCGACGUCACGCCACGGCCACUUGAUCAAAAUGGAAUUCUGGGAGAGCAAGUACCGGCUGAUGGCCUUCCUGCUCUCGGCCGAAUCCAAACUCAAGUCCUGGAUCAUCAAAUACGGCAGGCGGGACUCGGUGGAGCUGCUGAUGCAGAGUUACCUGACUUUUGUCGAGGGUCACAAAUUCUUCGAGCGGUACGAGGUCCUUUACGCGGCGGCCCAGCGCACGGCAGAUGUCCUGAUCCGGUCCGACGCUUCAGUUGAGGAAACGGAGGGAGUGAGCAAAUUCCUGGCCGACGCGGCAGCUCAGUGGAAGAAUCUGACGCUGGAGGUGCGAAGCGUUCGUAGCAUGUUGGAAGAGGUCUUGGCCAACUGGAACAAGUAUGGCAGCACGGUAGCGGCUCUUCAGGCCUGGCUGGAGGACGCAGAGAACAUGCUGAACCGAUCCGAGGGCGCCAAGCGGGACUUUUUUGGCAACCUGCCCCACUGGGUCCGGCAGCACAUGGACAUGAACGACGCCGGAAACUUUCUGAUCGAGACCUGCGACGACGGCGUGUCUCGGGACCUCAAGCAGCAGCUCCUUCUCCUCAACGGUCGAUGGCGUGAGCUCUUCGUCAAAGUCAAAUACUACGCCCGGGCGGACGAGGUGGACAAGUUGAGGUGCGACUACCGUGACGGAAUCGACACUUUGAAAAUGUUCAUGGACACCACUGAUGAGAAGAUGAACGCCGUUGUGCAAGUGUCUUUCCUCAACGUCCGCGCCUUUGUUCAGGAUGUGGAGGAAAUCAAGCACAAAGUGCCAGCCCUGGAGGCAGCGUGCAAGGCGGCCGCUCGUGCUGCUCAGCUGCUGAGUAAAGACACUACGCCAGAGGAAGCGAGUCAGAUGACGGCAGCCAUCGCCUCAGUCAAGGAGCGGCUCGGCGAGGUGAGGGAGCGAUGUCUUCCUCUGCUGAAGGAGUCUCAGUCUCUCUUGGCGCCGUUGGAAGAAAUGGAAAAGAACAUCACCGGCUUCUACCAGGCCUUGGAGAAGGCUGGCCGGGUGACCGGCGACACCGACUCGGAGGGGCCCGUGCCGGACUUUACGGACGAGUGUCGGGAGCUUGCGGCCGCCACACAAAGCUGCAAGAAGUGUCUGCUGACGAUCGAAAGGAAUCACCAGAGCGUCCUCAAGCUCCUGGACGCCAGCCCCGCGCUACGGCGCAUGGACACCGCUCUCCUGCAAAAAAGAGUAGCUGACCUCCAAUCCUCCUCGCAGGCCAUGUUCAACGAAGCCAGCGAGUGGAGGAAACGCGCCGAGGCCAACGGCGGCCUGAUGAAGAGGUUCGACGAGUCGCGGCUGGAGCUGGAGAAAGCGCUGGAGGCGGCCCAGAGCUGUCUGACAGAAAGAGGCGACCCGGAAGAGCUCCUCAAAAAACACACGGAGUUCUUCGGGCAGUUAGACCAGCGUGUCUUGAACGCCUUCCUGAAGGCUUGCGAUGAGCUGACUGACAUUUUGCCCGAGCGGGAGCGACUGUCUCUGCAGGAAACCGUCCGGGCACUGCACAAGCGCUGGAAGGACGUGCAGACCGAGGCCCCCUUGCGCCCGGUCCGCCUGAAAGUCGAGGCCGAGGGGAGCCGGCUGGCUCCGUUACUGCGGGAGUGUCAGGCCGAGCUGACUCGGGAGAAGAGGCGCCUGGUCGGCGCGGGCAGUGAGCGACUGAUCAGGGAGCAUCGGGCCUUUUUCGGAGAAAAGGGUCCUCAAACCGAGUGUGAGAAGAGGCUGCGUGCCAUGGAAGAACUCUGUCAGAAGCUGCCCGAGGGGGACUCAGCCCAGCGGAUCUCGGAGCAGUUCAGGAGAGAGUACUCUGAGGUCAGCGAGGAGAUCCAAAACACCCAUCAGAUGCUAAUGCGGCACCAGGACAAAUGGAAAGACUACAACGCCAGAUACGCCGAGCUUUCCUGCUGGUUGAUAUCCAAAGAAAGCCAACUUCGACUCUUGAGAAAGCGGGCGGGCGACCCCCAAAAAUAUGCUCAGGUCAAGGCUAGCGUGACGGAGUUGAGGAACGACGCAGAGCUACAAGAGGGUAACCUGGGCUGGCUGAAAGCCCGCAUGGCCGUCCUGACGGAGAUCGGCGCCGACGAAGACGCAAGAAGAGAGGGGAGCGCCCUAGGCAAGCUCUCGGCCGAUUUGAAGGCUCUUCUGGCAUCUCUGGCGGAGGCCGAGAAGACAGCGCUGGCUGUUGGUGACUGCGUUCGAUUCCGGGAGGAAGUUCGGACAACUUUGGAGGAUCUUCUUCAAGCGCAAAAGGAAGCUCGGGCUGAAGUCUCCGCCAUCCUGGAUUGUGCGACUGUGAGAGAAGCUCAGCAACUACUGCCAAUUCACCAGCAACUGGUAAAACGACUGAAGUUGAAGAGGAAGGAUGUUGAUCAGUUGAUCAGUAGGGGGCAACAGCUGCAGGUGGAGGAGGGCCUUGGUGAGACACUUCAGCAGGACCUGCAAAGUCUGGAGAACACGCUGAGCAAAAUGGAACAAAACAUGGAUUCCCACGAGCAGGGCCUUCAGGUGACCCUGGAUGCCUGGCAGGAGUUUGACAGCCAGCAGGAGGCCGUGCGCCAGUUUGUCAGCAAGGCCCAAUCCGGGACGGAGCCGGAACCCGCCUUCAGUAGUCCUGAGAGCCUGGCGGUUGAACUGGAACAGACCAGAGCGCUCCUGAAGCAAUGCGAGGCCGAAGCAUCGCAUGUCAACACUUUGCUCAAAAGGGCAGCGGAAAUCCAGCUGGGCCCCAACAGUAAAGCUCUGCUGCUAGAGCGGACCCGCUCCCUCGCCGAUCAAGUGGACCGAGCGGAGGCCAGCCUCCGAAAGGAUGUCCAAAGGGCAGAGGAGAUGAAGAACAAGUGGGAUGCCUUCAGAGGCCGCUUUCAGGCUUUUUCCUCCUGGCUUUCUGACAAGGAAGAGCAAGUGGACUCCUUGAAGGCCUCCGCUUCGACACCGGAGCAACAGACGGAGGUGCUCCAGGGCGUGGAGACAGAGCUCCGGGAACGGGCCGAGCUCCUCCCCGGACUGGAGGCCGAGUCCCGGGACGUGCUGCUCUUCGUUUCUUCGGGCGAGGCGGCUCGUGUCAAGGCCCGUCUGACCCAAACGGGGCGCUACUGGGACGAGCUGAGGGAGAGCGUGCGGCAGCUCCGUGACCAACUGCUAGAAAGUGCCUCACGCCGACAAAAGUUCUCGCAGAGCCUCGGAGAGGUGCAGGCGUCACUCCGUGAGCUUCAGUCAAAGCUGGAAGAGCCCAUGGAGAUAUGUGCUUCUUCAUCGGAUACCUACAGAGCCCUUCAAAACCACACGGACGCGUGUCAGCGGCUGGAGAGGCUAAAGGGAAGCCUGCUCUCCUUGUCGGCCAGCGCCCGCCGACUCAGCGACGGGGGUCAAGCAGAGGCCGACGUGGAGGACUUGAGUAGCCGCUUGGAACAAAAUGCACAGGAAGCCAAGAAAAAGCAGGGCACCCUGGAGACGCUGCUGAACCUUUGGCAGAGCUUUGAGAAACAACGCGGCGACUUUGUUUCCUGUUUGGAGAGGAGCGAAAGCACCGUUAAGAUAGAGAGUCGGCACCUUUCGGCUGACGGAGGAAAACUCCGCGCCGAGCUGCGGGAUGUGCGGGCCUCACUCGCAGAGGCGGAGACCCUUGAGCCCGCUCGCGCUCAGCUGCUCUCCCUCGCGGCGUCGCUUUACGGCAGCGCGUCAGAAGAUACGGCGCGGCGGCUGAGGGAAGAGCUUGACGCCUUGCAGGAGAGACUGCGUGCCCAAAAUGAAGCUCUUCCUCAAAGAAUUCAGGAGCUCCAGGACCAGCUGUCCCGAGUAGAGCAGUUUGAGCGAGACCUGGAAGAGUUUUCCCAGUGGAGUGAAAAUGAGCUUUCCACUCUGCUCUCCUUUUCCGAAAUUGACCCGGCCAACCUGCGGACGGCCCGCCGACGAGUCCAAGAGAGCCUGGCCGCCUUGGAGGAGCGGGCGAGCGCCAAAGAGAGUCUGGACGCUCAGACGGAGAGUCUGUGCCGACGGUGCCGACCCGACGAGGCGCAAAUCCUUCGCGGCCGCGUGGACGGCCGAGCACAACCCUACCUGGAAGCUCGCCGCCUGGUCCUUUGGCGCUCCGAGUGCCUGGAAAAUCUGGAGAGCUUUUGGCGGACGCUGGAGGCGAGCACGGAGGUCGCAAGAGGCCUGCAGCGCGGCGCCAAAGACGGCGGGAGCUGGGAGGAACUCCAGCGACAGCUUUCCGCCGCCGUCCCAGAGGCGCGGCGGCUGGAGACGCUGGCCACAGACCUGGAUGCCGGCCUCCGCAAAAGCCGCCUGCGCCUGGCCGGCUCCCCGGAGACGUGCCGCGCGCUGGCCGACGCACUGGGUGCCGAGUUGGACGCCGUCGGCAACCUGCUGGGGGCUAAGAGGAGCGAGGCCGAGGCCUCGGGGGCUCUGCGGGCAUCCUUCGGAGAGCGCAAAGAGCGACUGCUCAAAGCCGUGGAGGACGUGGAAGAAAAAGCCCGGCGUCGGAGCUUGAAAGAGCCCAGCCUUUUGGCGCUGCAGCAAAGGUCGCGCUUCUACAAUCAGCUGGAGGAUGAGCUGCGGUCGCACCGGCACGAGGCCCAAUGGCUGAGGGACAAGGUCGGGCAGCUGGCCCGGCGAGACACCGCUCUGGCCGGGGAGGCGCGAGAGGAAAUGAGCCGGCUGGAGGCUGCCUGGGAUGACGCCGAGAGGCUCCUUGCUGAGAGACAAGAGCAGUGCGACGUCAUUACCGAGCUCCUGAGAGAGUAUCAAACGUUGAAAUCGGCCGUCAGGGGCGCAAUGGACAGCGCAGAAGCCCUGCUGGAUAUCACUUCCGCUCUGACGGACCACGAGGAAACCAAACGCGCCCUCAUCGAGCACGAAGCGGUCAAGACGCGGCUGGCCGAGGCGCAACCGGAACUGGAGUGCUUUUCCGACAAAGGGAAACGGUUGGCAGCUGAAUUGAAGAAGGUGCCGGAGUGUGACUGGCAAACGUUAAAAAAAGAGACGGAGACGCUGGUGGACCGCUGGCUGGACGUGUCCGAGAGGCUGGAUGAAAACCUCCAUCGCUUGAAGCCAACUUUCCUCCUGUGGGAGGACGUGCGGCACAUUGCGGAUGACGUGGAAAGCUGGAGCGGCGACUGCAUGACAGAACUCCGCGAGAGCGCGGACCGCCUCGACGACAGUCGCAAGCUGGCGGCCAGACUCUCCACAUUACAAGAAGAAAUAGGCCAGAAGGAGCUGAAGUUGGUAUUGCUGCGGAGCAAAAUGACCGAGUUGAGGAGCAGCUGCCAAAGUGGGGAAAGCCCUUCCAAACCGCAGUUGCUGGCAAGCGACCUGGAGAAAAAGAUGGAUUUGGUUCGGAAGCUGCACGGACAGGCGCUGGGAAACCUGCUGGACUUCAGCUCCCAGAAGAAACUGCUGGAAGAUUACAUCGCGCAAAUGUCUGCUUGGCUCAAGAGCACGGAGGACACCUUGGUCUCGUCCCCUGCCGCUUCAGGUCCAGAGGACGUCUGCCGAAUCAAGGAGAUUCAAAAAGAGCUUGAAAAUCAGCAAGGAAGCAUCGACUCCACCAGAGAAAGCCUGAACAACCUGUGUCGCAAAUACCCCUCGGAGGAACUUUCCGCUUUGGGUUCGGCACUCACCGAGCUCAUCAAGACGUACGAGUCUGUCAACCGGGUUUCGGCCAGGACUUUGGCGUCCCUGCAGAACGGUCUUUGUCAACGGUUCGACGACGGAGUUCAGGAAUUCCACGCUUGGCUGCGAGAGCAAAAGGAGAUUGUCAAAGAGUGCAGCGACCGUUCCGGAGACGCUCACUUAGUUGAACGCAAAUUACAGAAACUGAAGGGUGCCGCGGAGCGCAUGGAGGAUGGCGAGGCGCAUCUUACGCGGGUCUGCGAAGAAGGAGAGAAGCUUCUGCUCCAUCUCCCCAAGGCCAAUGCCGGACAAGUCCAGCAGCAGCUCUCGUCCGUCCAGCAAGACUGGGACAGCUUCGUGGAGCGGUGCAGGCACAACCGACAGAUCCUGGAGGACAGCGCGUCCCUCGUCAAAGGGUUUGAAGAUGGUCUCAAAAGACUGGAGCAGUGGUUGGAGCGCACGGAAAAUAGGAUGGAUGCCGAUCUGCCGGAAGCUGAGCAAUGUUCUCCUGAAAAGACGUUACUUCAACAGGCAGAGGAGUAUCAGCAGGAAGUGCUCAAACAAAGAGAUUCCUUUGAGCGCUUGUGUGAGGAGGCGCGGGCCCUAAACGAAGGCGGGCGGGGCGACGGCGGAGAGACGCGGGUGUCGGCUCGGCUGGACGCUCGCCAUCGGGCAUUGCUGCGACGGGCGAACGAGAGGCUACGCGGCUGCCAGCUGGCGGAGCAAGAGCGUCGGGCCUUCCGGGAGACGCUGGCGGCCACCGGAAUUUGGUUGAACGGAAUCCGGGAGCGACUGUCCACGCUGGACAGCACCGUCGGCAAUAAAGAGACCCUGGAGAAAAGGCUUCUGCUUGUGCAGGAUAUCCUUCUGAUGAAGGGCGAAGGCGAGGUAAAGCUCAACGUGACGGUCGGAAAAGGAGAACAGGUCCUGAAACACUACGGCGCGGACGGGCAGGAGGCCGUUCGCGCACAGCUUCAGGACCUGAAGGACGCCUGGGCUAAUAUGUUGAUCGCUUCCAUGAGCUGUCACAGUCGCCUGGAGUGGACGGUGUCUCAGUGGAACGGCUUCCUGGACGGCGAGAACCGGCUCCGGCAGUGGAUGGAGUCGGUGGAGGGGGAGGUGGCCGCCGUUCUCCCUCAGCAGCCCGGCCUCAAAGAGAAGUCGGCUCUUCUGGUGCGCCUCCUCGCCAUCCGGGCGGACGUAGAUGCCCGCGCCGCCGCCUUGUCACGUCUCACCGACAAGGCAGCGGAGCUGUACGAAAAGUCCGCCGACCAGACCUUCGGACCCGAGUCGCGGGCGGAGCUGCGAGCGCAUUUCGCCGACAUCUCGGCCGUCGUCGAGGGUAAAAUCCAGUCGGCGCAAAGCGCGGUAUCGGAGCACGAACGCUACUUGGACGCCGUCCGAGACUUCAACGACUGGUUGAGUUCGGCCAAGGAGGAACUGCAGCGCUGGUCCGACCUAUCAGGGGACUCGGCCUCCGUUCAAAGGAAACUCUCCAAAGUCCAGGAGUUGCUGGACUCCAAGGAGCCGGGUCGGGAGAGGCUCGCCCGGGUGCAGACGUGCGGGGCGGCGGCCAGAGACCGCACCGGCCCGGGGGGCUACGAGGCCAUCGAGCGCGAGGAAGCGGCCCUCUCAUCUGCUUGGGAGCAGUGGGAAGGAGCGGCCAUCCGGACCCGCGCAGCCCUGGAGACGGCCCUCUCUCAGAGCACCGCCUCCGAAAAGGAGUUCCGAGCUCUGUUGGCUCGGCUGGAGGGAGAAGCGCGGGACCUGGGCCGGCGGAUUCACGACUGGCGUCUCGGACUGGCACGAGCUGAGGGCCAGGCCGAGGGAGGGGAGGCCGUCCGAGGAUGGCGUAUUGCGAAGGACAUUUUGGAAGAGAUGGCGAAAGCUGAGCCCGCAUGCGAUAGCCUGAAGACUCAGCUCAACGAUCUGUGCCGCUUCUCCGGAGACGUGGCCGCCCAGUCGGAAAGAGUGUCGGCCCUUGUCAAGGAAUAUAACAGUUUGAGUCUGCGAGCCGCCAAGGAGUGCCAGAGCAAAGAGAAGUCGCAGGAACAGGCCUUCCGUUCAGCCUACAGGGACUUCCAGCAGUGGCUCGUCAACACCAAGAUCAACACGGCCAAAUGCUUCGACGCACCGCAAAACCUCUCCGAGGCUUUGUCGAGCUUGCAGAAGAUCCAGGAGUUGGUCGGCGACAGAGAGCUGGGUCGGUCCAAGCUCGACAGCGCAGCGGCCGCGGGCGAGCUUCUCUCUGCGAUGGCCGGCAAAGAUAAAGCAGAAUCAGUUCGGGUCAAGAUGGGCAAGGCUCUUGAGGACUGGAAGAACACGGUGUCUGGUCUUCACGAGCGAGAGCUCCAUCUACAAAACCUGGCGACGGAAAUGAAGGAGUUCGAGAGCGGCGCCGAGCCCCUCCGGGAAUUCCUGGACACCAGCGAGACGGCCGUGCGAGAGAGCGAAGCGCGCCUCCCGGAUCUCCCAGCCAAGAAGGCCGAGCUCCAAAAACUUCAGUCUACGCUGGAGGAUCUGGAGUCCCGGCAAGUCCACCUGAGCAGGCUGAAAGAGAAAGCCCGGCAGCUGUCGGAGCAACACGCAGCCGGCAAGGCUUUUGCGCACCGCGUCUCGCAGCUCUCUGCUCGCUUCCUAGCUUUAAGCAACCUGACUAAGGAGAAGACGUCGCGGAUGGAGCGCAUAGUGAGCGAGCACCAGCUCUUCAAGCGGGGCUUGGAAGAGCUGCGGGACUGGGUGGCUGACACCAGCCACGUGCCGCAAGCCUACUGUGCCCCCACAGCUGACAAAAAUGUCCUGGAUAGCCGCCUCAUCAAGCUUGAGGCCUUGCUGACAGCCCGCCAGGAGAAGGAGAUCCAGCUGAAGAUGCUGAUCACCAGAGGCGAAUCGGUCCAGAGGAACACCUCGGACGAAGGCGCGGCCGCGCUCCGGGAGCAGAUAGAGCAGCUGAAAGACUCUUGGGACGCUCUGCUGUCAGACUCCAUUCAGUGCAAAAGCCAAUUGGAGGCUUCCCUGUGGCAGUGGACCAGUUACCAGGAGGACGUGCAGCAGUUCGUCAGCUGGCUGGAGCGAACGGAGGAGAAUCUGGAACCGGCCGAUAAACGCUGUCCCGAGAUGCGCGACAAGACCGCUCGUCUUAGCAGAGCCAAGGCUCUGUAUGAGGAAGUGCUGAGCCACGACGCCCUGCUGGCCACUGUUGCGACUAAAAGCGCAAGUGUCGCAGAGAACGACACAGCUUCGUUGGAGCUGCAGGACCUCCAAGAGCGCUACGACGCCAUCAAAGAUGACGCUGCGGGGGCCGUGGGCAAAGCAGAGGAGAUGCUGAAAGUUCACGAAGAGUAUCAACGAGGCCUAGGAGCGUUUGAGCGCUGGCUUGAACGGCAACAGGAGAAGCUGGGCUGCUACGAGCGGCCGGAGGGCGACGUGGACACACUGGAGGAGACGCUCCAAAGGCUGCAGGAACUCCAGCUUCACUGCACCGAGGGCCAGGCCCUCCUCAACGCGGCGCUGAUGGGCCGAGAGUCGCUGGCGCCCUGGGGGCCGCCGCAAAUGGAAGAGCGGGUCCUGGAGGCGCAGCAGCGGGAGUGGAAGACGUACCGGGCCCGGCUGGCCGACGCACGGGCCCGACUCAAUGGCGCCUUGGCCAAACUGCGACAGACGGAGCAGAGGUUCCAGCGUCUGGACGGAUGGCUGAAGGCCAUGGAGACCAAAGCACAGCUGCGAGGCCACCGCCGCUCAGACCGGGCCACCAAAGAUGCCCAGCUACACUCACUGAAGACGUGGCAAGAAGAAGUGCUGGUUUAUCAAGAAGAGAUGGAAGGCCUCGGUGUCUUAGCUCAACAAGUUCUUGAUGAGACCCAUAUCAACAGCCGGAUUGGCACCAGAGCCACCCAGAUCACGGCCCGUUACCACGCCUUGCUCCUGCACUUACUGGAGACCAUCAAGCAGCUGCAGGAGGAAGUGUCCUGCAUCGAGGAGGCGCAAUCUGUCUUAAGCGCAUUCUCCGACUGGCUCCUCAACGCAGAGAGCGGCCUCCGCGCCAUCGACGCAGACAUCCCAGAUGGCUCGGCCUUGGAGAGAAAGAUCAAACAUCUAGAGGUUCUUCAGGCAGAUGUAGAACAAGGGCAGGCCAACCUGAAGACGGUGAGGGAGAAGACGGAACAGGCGGCCGCCUUCUUGGAAGAAGACGAAGCAGAGGAGCUGAGGGAGGAGGCCAAUGGCCAAGUGAGACGACUGGAGGAGCUGUUGGCGGACCUGCGCGCCCGGCACAACGCUCUAGAGAAGUGCGUCUCGCUCUCAAAAGACUUUGCGGAGAAGUACAAGGCCCAGACUCAGUGGCUUCUGGAGACCAUGGGCCUGCUGGCAUCUGGCGCAGAGCCCAAAGCAGAGCUCUAUCAGAAGAAGGCGCAGCUCGCAAAGUACAAGACAAUCCAGCAGGUGGUGCAGUCUCACGAGUCCGCUGUGAAGUGCGUCACGGAGAAGGGUGAAGCCCUUCUAGACACGGUCCGCGAUCCGCUCAUUCGCGAGAACAUGAAAAGCCUGCGGGUGGAUUACCUGGAGCUAUGCUCGUUAGCCGAGACACAAGUCCAGAUCCUGGCGGAACGAGUGAAGGAGCACGAAGAUUACAACGUGGAACUACAGGAGGUGGAGAAAUGGCUCUUGCAGAUGUCGAGUCGGCUGGUCACGUGGGAAUCUAUGCAGACCGGCAGCAUGGAGACAGCCACCCAGCAGCUGGCUCGGCACAAGGCCAUAAUGGAGGACAUAGCAAGUUUUGAGGAACGUCUCAACAGCUUGAAGCAGAAAGGAGAAGAACUAGUCUCCAGUUGCACUGAGCAAGUUCAAGCUAAGAUCAGCCAACAGGUCCAAGCACACCAACAGGGAACCAGAGAUAGCUACUCCGCCAUCUGUAGCACAGCUCAACGAGUGCACCAAAGUCUGGACCGAGAACUUCAGAAACAUGUGAACCACCAGGAUACCCUCCAGCAGUGCCAGACGUGGCUGGCGGCCAUACAGGAGGAGCUCCGGCUGAACGACCAGCAAGCGUCCGGGCUGCAGGAAGCACUGAAACAGACAAAGCACUACAGGGCCCUCCAGGAGCAGGCCAGCACUUACCUUGACCUGGUGUGUUCCGUAUGCGACCUGUCCGACGAAGCUGUUCGAACGACGGCCGCCGAGGUCCAGAGGGUCAAGAUUACUAUCGAAGAAAGCAUGUCGAGUGCUCAGGAGCUCUCGGAGGCUUGGAGGGAGAUCAAGGAGCAGAAGCAAGAUUUGAGCAGCCUGUUCCAAGAUCUGGAGCAGCAACUUGUCAGUCUGUCAAGAAGACCUGCCGAGUUGGAGACGAAGAUAGCUGAAAACAUGUUGGCUCAAGCCAAGGAAUGCAGCGAUCAGCUCCAGUCCAAACAAAAUAUCCUCAACAAAAUGACAGAGAAAGUCAGCAGGCUGUGUCUGGUCCAAGACUCUCGGGAACACGCAGAGCUAGAGCACCUGAGUCGCUCCUGGUUGGACCUUUGUCACAAGGCCGGUGGUCUGCAGGUCCAGAGGCAGGAGGAGUUGCAGAGGUCGAAAGAGUACCACAACUGCAUUACUGCAGUGGAGGUCCUGUUUGAGCAGGUGUCCAAAGAGUGGGAUAAUCUGGCCAGGACUGACGCCGAAAGUUCCUCUCAGCAUUUGGAGGCCUUACGCAAACUGGCGGUAGACUUGGAAGGUCAAAAGGAUACACUGGAGGAACUAAAGGACUGUAAGCAAAAAGUCAUCCGGCCCUUGAACUUGGAUGACAAGGAACUGGUGAAAGAGCAGAUCAGCCACUUUGAGCAGCGAUGGUCCCAGAUGCAAAAUCUCAUCGAGAGGAAAAUCCAGGAGUCUGCACUGACCCUGGACGAGAUGGCCCAGGUGGAAGCUCGUCUGAGGGAGGCUCGGGAUUGGGCAGAGGAGCAGCAGCCCGCUCUGUCCGAGGCUAUGAAAAUGAGUCCUCCCCCAGAGUUGGCUCAGAGUUUCCUCUUCGACCACCUGAGCGUUUGCAGCGAGUUGGAGGCCAAGCAGCUCCUGCUGGCCCAAGCCGUGGCUGACUCAGACCGGAUUCUGGGGCGUCUGGGCCUGAGCGAACGUCAGCGUCUGCAGCAGCUGAUUUCCGACACCCGGUCCGAGGUGGAGUCUCUCGGCGUCAAAGUAGUGCAGCGCAGAAAACACCUAAGCAAGGCUUUCACCGAGAGGACUCACUUCCUGGUGGCAGUCAACCAAUCAAUUUACUGGGUCCAGCAGAAUGAGAAGAAGGCCCGGGCCGAGGAGCGCGCGGCCUUGUUGCCCGAGGACCUGGCCAAGCAGGUUCGAACCUGCCGCAACAUCCGGAGUAGUUUGAAAGCCUACCAGAGCGAGCUGACAUCCCUGUGGUCUCAGGGGAGGGACCUGAUGAGGGACGCCAAUGAGGAGGAGAGGAACGAGAUUCUGGCCAAGCUGCAGGAGUUGCAGAACAUCUUUGAUAAAACACUGCACAGGUGUGGCCAGAAGCUUCAGGAACUGGAGAAAGUCUUUAUCACCCGGAAGUACUUCAAGAACGACCUGGAGAAGAUAUGCCAGUGGAUAAAACAAGCAGACAUCGUGACCUUUCCCGAAAUCAAUCUCAUGGUUGACAAUGCCGAGUUGGAGGCGCAGCUGCUCAAAUACCAGCAGAUUGUGGAGCAGGCGGCAGAGUACGAGAAUCUCCUCCUCCUCGUGCAGAGAGCGGGCCAGGAUAUUUUGCCCACCCUCAACGAAGUAGAUCACUGCUUUUUGGAUGAAAAACUCAAUUCCCUCCCUCAGCAGUACAACAACAUAUUAGCAUUAGCCAAAGAGAAACAGGAGAAGCUCCAGCAGGCUAUCUUCACACGGAACGAGUACGCCUCUUUCGUGGAUGUCACGCAGAAGGCGCUCGAGGAGCUGGAGGAGCAGUUCCGGCAUCUGGGCACGCUGCCCGUCGGCACUCAGGCUGAGGAGGUGUUGGGUCUGCGGAGCCGCUACAAAUCCAUCCGAGGCGAUCUGAGCGACCUGGGCCUGGCAGUCGGCGAGCUCAACCAGAAGAAGGAAGGCUUCCGGAGCACCGGGCAACCGUGGCGCCCGGAGGAGAUGAACCGCCUCGCCAGCCUCUACAAUGGCCUGAAGAGGUUAGUGGAGCAGAAGGUGGAGCACCUGGAUGAAACCUUGGAGUCCUUCGAGGACCAAAAAGCCAUGGCCAUGCAAGUCGACUCGGAGCUGAAGGCAACCAAAGAGCGGCUGGUGAAGGUCAACGCCGAGACUCAGUCAGCGGAAGAGAGACUGAAGAACUACCACGCUCUGGCCGGGAGCCUUCAAAGCGCCGACUCCCACUUGUCCAGGCUGACUGAGCAGAUGGGUGCUCCGCGUUCAGACACCACGGUCCACGACGCCUCUAAGGAGCAAGUGGCCCUAUGGCAGGAGGAGCUGCGAUCCCUGCAGGCGGCGGUGGGUGACCUGAUCGAGGAGUGCGAAAACCGCUUUGUGCAGAGUAAAGACUUUGAGACGGAGAUGCGGAGGACGCUGGCCUGGCUGCGGCAGGUGCAGCAGCAGACUGCCUCUGCUGUCACCGUGGACGUGCGGGUGGAGAAGGUGCAGGAGGAAAUCAGGAAGCAGCAAAUCAUGCAAGAAGAAGUCCGCUCCAGACUGAGGAUUGUCGCGGCUCUGAGUAGCAGGGAGAAACUCAAGUACGCUGGGGCCAAUGAGCUGCCACCCUGCCACGUGGACACUGAUCUCGGAGAAAUGGCCGAACUGCAAGCGGAGGUUCAGAAACAGCUCGGUUCCAAACAGGUGACGCUGGAGCAGGCCCUGCUGCUGUGCCAGCAGUAUCACUUCAGGAUGCAGGCGGCCUGCGAGUGGCUGGAAGACGCCGUGUCCUUCUUGCAGCAGGCCGGCUCGGGGGUUGACGUGGAGAACUACGAGGAGUGCCUCAGACAGCAGGACGGUGUCGUGGCUACCGAGCGGGAGUUCCUCGUUCACCUGGAGGAGCUGGAGAGCCUGCUGCCCCGGCUGGAGGAGCUGCUCAAUCCCGUGGCCAAAGAGCAGCUGCGGCUAAGCGUGGAAUCGGCCAAGCAGAGGGGCCUGGAAGUCAGAGAUCGGCUCAGAUCUCACCGGGAUGUCCUUCACGGCUGCGUGGCUCAGUGGAAAUCGUACCAGGAGGCGCGACAGACCGUCAUCGAGCUAAUGAACCAAGCUGAGAAGAAGCUCACCCAGUUCUCUACUGCCAAGGCAGCAACCGGCCAAGAGGCCGAAGACAAGUUGCAGAGUCACCAGAGCUUGGUGUCGUUGGUCAACGGCUUCCAAGAGAAACUGAGCAGUCUGGAGGAGCAAGCGGCUCAGCUGGAGCAAGUGGGCAGCGAUGCCAGCAAGGCCACCAUCAGUCGCUCCAUGACCACCGUGUGGCAGCGCUGGAGCAGACUCCGCAGCGCGGCCCGUAGCCAGGAACGCGUUCUGGCUGAUACUGCACAAGAGUGGAGGACUUUCCGGGAGAAGAUGAGCAAGGUGCAAGCGGUCGUCGACGAGCUCCGGGGUCGGGUGCCGAACACCGCGGCGGAGAAGGCGUCCAAGGCCACCCUGCGUUCCCUGCUGGAGCAACACGACGUCUUGAGCCAGGACCUGGAGAGAGAGCUGUCCUCCUUGACCCUCGUGCGCCAAUACGCCCUCAGCCUUCUGCACGACGUGGAGGUGCCCUCGCCCACCGGCGAACAGGACGAGCUCCCUGGCCUCAAGGAGAUCAGGCUGGCGCAGGACCAGUUGGACGGUCUCCUGACACUGUCCAGGACCAAGCGAGCUCAGGCGGCUCAAGAGCUGAGGGAGCGAGAAGAAGUGGAGCGAGAACUCGGCGUGGUGAAAGCCUGGAUCCAGGAGACCAGGGAGCUUCUUUUCAACCCCCCAUCUGACCUGGACUCUCUACUUCAGGAACUAGAGACGGUCCACGGAGACGUGAUCACGUACCGUCAGAACGUGGACAAAUUAGCCGAGCGGCAACAGAGCAAGUACCUGGAUCUCUACACCAUCUUGCCCUCCGAAAUCUCCAUGCAGUUGGCCGAGGUCUCGCUGGCUCUGGGGGCCAUCCAAGAUCAGGUUCUGUCCAAAGAGAGAGACCUGCAGAAAAGCAGAGAAAUCAAAGAGGAGUUGACUUCCGGAAUCCAGAGGGUGUCAGAAAAACUUCAAGUCAUCUCUGACAAGUUCCAGGAAAAAUCUCCAGACGUCGACCAAGCCAAAGAAGAAGUCCAGAGGCUAGCCGAGGAAUUGGACAGCUGUGGUCGUAGCCUGUCUGAGCUGGACGCAGCCGUGCGGGAGUUCAGCCGCCGCGACCCUCUGCAGGCCAAGCAGCUGAGCGACGCCGUCGGGAAGCUGUCAGAGAUGCGGCGUCACACAGCUCGACUGGCUGACUGCCGCAACAACUGGCUCAAAAAGGCCGUCUGCUAUUUGGACGAGUACCAUGAAACGCUGGACUUUGUGGAGACGUGGUCGGAAAAAGCCGAGGACCUGCUGCGGGCCGAUGCGGUCUGGGACUCGUCGCUUCACCUACGGGAGCAGAUGGGGACGCACCAGGCCGUCCUGCGAGAGUCUCGCGAACUCCGCGGGGACCUGGAGUCCGUGGAGGAGAAAGUGGAGCUCCUCUCCGAAGUCCUGCAAGCCGAAUCCAUGAGCCGGCGAGUCUGCGAACUCGGCCGGAGGGCCGACGAGCUCCAGGGAAGCCUGCGGACGCGGCUGCAGAGCCUGGACGAAGCCGAAAAGAGUCUGGAAGCACUAGAAUGUGAGGUGAAGGCGUUACACGGCGCUCUGGAGCAGGUUCGAUCGGCACUGACGUCACCCGAGCUGGCUCGCCAGAGCCUCAAAGAACAGCUGAUUCAGAGACAACGUAUGAUGGCAGACAUGGAGAGUUUGAAGCAGCAGGUGCAGGCGGUGCAGGUGUGCCAGAGCGCUUUGCGGGUGCCCGAAGAGGUGAUGCCAGACUUGGCCGUCUGCCACACGGCGCUACGUUUGCAACAGGACGCCAGCCACUUGCAGCACGUGGCCAUCCAGCAGUGCAACAUCCUACAGGAAGCCGUGGUGCAGUACGAACAGUACGAACAGGAAGUCGGAGAGCUGCAGGGCUUGAUCGAAGAAGCGCACCGCGUCAUCCAAGACCGCCCUGUCACUGCCGGCAACAUCCAGGAGCUCCAGGCACAGAUCCUCCACCAUGAAGAGCUGGCCCAAAAGAUCAAGAGCUACCAAGAACAGAUCGCCUCGCUUAACUCCAAGUGCAAAAUGUUGGCAGUGAAGGCCAAGCACGCCACGCUUCUGCUGACCAUCGGCGACGACUCGGAAAUCGGCGACCGCAGAGAGGAGACGCCUGCAACGAUGACGGCGCCGACCCGCUGCCACGCCCUCCCUUCACCACUCGGCGAGGAGUCCAGCGAGGAGGGCGCCGGCAGCUCUGUGUCCUCCCUCGGUGGCUGUCGCUCGCCUUCGCCGCCCGCCGACAGUGACGAGGUAUUUCGCUCUGCCGGACCGGGCACACUGAAAAGGGCUCCGGUCCAAGAACUGUACGACCCCACGUCCAAGUCGGCGGCCGACCUGGACGACCUGCAGCGGUCGUGGGAGACGUUAAAGAACGUGAUGAGCGAGAAGCAGAGAACGCUGUACGAAGCUCUGGAGAAGCAGCAGCGCCACCAGGCCUCGCUGCGGUCGGUCUCGUCCAAGAUGGAAGCGCUGGAGGCCAAAUUGAGCCGAUACCCAGAGGAUUACGCCGAUCCAGAUAGUUACCAGGUCACUUCUUUAUAUCCUAUUUUGCUCCAAGAGAUGGAGAGCGCCCAGGAAGACGUGGAUCGUAUCCAGAGCAGCUCCCGCGGAGACGAGGCCGCCUCCGCCGAGCGCUCGUCCGUGGCCGUCCUGGCUCAGAGGAUGGCUGCCAUCCGCGCCGAGGCCUCAGGGAAGCGGCGGCUCUCGGAGGAACGAGCCACCAAUUGGCUGGAGGGCCUAAGGCGAGAUGAGGCCUAUUGGGCGAGGGUGGAAGAGCUGGAAUGCUGGUUGGCGGAGGCGUGCCGGAGUGCCGCCGUCAUCACGGAGGACCCAGAGACACACGAGGCCUGGCGUCAGAAGAUUACUUUAGCGCUGCAAAGCCUCCCGUUUAGCUCCGAGAGCCGACGAACGGCAAAAGAAAGGCGACGUUUCUUUCACGUCGGACGCCCUUUGAUCGACGGCCGCGGGGGAGCCCGGGUCAAAGGGCGAGGGGAAAGCCCUCCCUUUCGCCCUCCCGGUCUAGAGGCCCUGGCAAAUGGCGGCGACGGCAUGUUUGAGCUGGCCUCUCUCUUCCUGCUGCUGCAGAACACACUGCUGGACAUCGAGGAGAAGGUCCGAGCCCUCUCGGAGUUGUCGGCGCGCGACCGGGAGCCGCCGCCAUCGCCGGAGGGCCGCGCCGAGGUUGAGCGACUGGCCGGGAGGCUGCGCGCGCUCAAGGGAGGCCUGCUGGAGCUGCAGAAGAUGUUGCAGGAGCACAAGAACCACCGCGCGCAGGGCCCCGCGCAGGAGACGGAGGAUGACGAGACAGACUCCGGUCUCUCUCGGAGCCCCGGCGUCCGAGACUGGGUGGCUGAGGCCCGGAGCGCGCGUUCCCAACAGCGCCAGGACACUCUUCAGAGUCAAAGGGAACUGGAGGAGCAGCUCGCCGAGCAGAAAAAGCUGCUACAGUCUGUGGCCAGCAGGGGAGAGGAGAUCCUCAUCCGGCAGGCGUCGCCCGGCACUUCCACCGCUUCGGAGCCCUUUUCAAGCCAGGCGCUGGCCGAGAAGGACGCUGAUGCCGCGCGCCAGCAGAUGAGGCGGAGGUGGGAGUGUCUGCGGCAGGAGCUCAAAACCAAGAUGCAGCUCUUGCAAAAGAAUCUGGAGCAGGACCGCCAACAGACGGUUUAUUCGUGCGGAGCGCCACUUUUAAAAGAGCAACUUCAAGCCGACGCCUCGUCGCUCAAGACUCUUUACGACAGCUUCAGGCUGACUCUGCAAAAAUCUCAGUCCGGCGACAGCGGCGAGACGCCAGCAUCCGAGACAGAGCACUGUCUCUACACGGCUGUGUCGUCCACGUCCACCUGGCUGGACGGCGUGGAGAACACGGCGUUGUCGGACUGGCCGGCGUCGGCCGACGACGCGGAGGCUCGGCUGGAGAUGCUGGCGAGCGAUUUGGGUCGGGUGGUAGGGGAGGUGACGCGCUGCCAGACUUUGCUGGCCGACUGGUCGGGCUGGAGGCAGGAGGAACGAGCCUUGCCGGAAGAAAAUCUGGACUGCUUGAAAGAGAGACUGGGAGCCGCGGGCGCCGCUCUGGCUCGAAGCCGCGACCGAACCGGGACCAGGACUCGGCAACUCUCGGCCUACCAGACCGAAGUUCAGCAUCUCCAGACAGCUUUAACGGAGACCAAGCGCCGGGUCCUGCAACUUUUAGCCCAAGCCGCGGACAGGCCGGCCUCGGAACAGCUCCAGGUCGUCGCCGGCGCAGAAGAGGACCUGAAGGCGCUGGAGCACAAGAUGGCGGAAGUGAAAAGCAGAGGAGCCGCCCUGCAAGCGCAUCAAGCGUCAACAGAUAAAAUGCUCCACCUUCAGGACGCCUAUGAGGAACUGGCCAUGACGGUGGGCUCUCGGCGCAGCGACUUGAAGCAAAACGCGGCACUCCAGUCGCAGUACGAGCGCGCCUUGCGGGACCUCAACGACCUACUGGACACGGCCAAGGGCAAGAUGGCCGCCGACCGCCGGAUCGUCGCCAGCUCGGCAGAGGAGAUCUACGAUCACUUGGACAAACACAAGGAGUUUUUCCAAGGUCUCGAGUCCCAUAUGAUUUUAACGGAGACGUACUACGGCAAAAUCGCCAGCCUGAUGCUUCCCGAAGAGAGACGGGUGCUGCAGGAGACGCUGAAACAGGCUCAGGGCAUCCUCCGGCAGGCGCACUCUAAAGGCGUGGAGCUGGAGGCCAUUUUGGAGACGUGGCACCGCUUGGUGGAGGAUUAUCAGCAUCUGGAUGCCCAUUUGGAGGAUAUGGAAGAAGGAAUCCCUGCGGUGGGACUUCUGGAGGAGAGCGAAGAAAAACUAGCAGAGCGGAUAUUGCUCUAUCAGGGGCUGAAGGGGAAGCUUGUGGAGCAGCAACACAAACUACAGCAGGUCCUGGGCGAAGGCAAACAUCUCCUACUGUCUGUGUGUUGUCCUGCUCUGGAGAAUCAACUGGCCGUUCUAGGCGAACGCUGGCUGGACAACACCAACAAGGUCAACAAGGAACUGCAGCAUCUGGAGGCCAUCCUCAAACACUGGACCAGGUAUCAGAGACAGAGCAGCGAGUUAAGCGAAUGGUUGCAGUCCGCUCUGGAACGGCUGGAAUUCUGGAACACGCAAGCGGUCUUGGUCCCGCAGGAGUCGGAGACCAUCAGAGACCACCUCUCUGCAUUUCUGGAGUUUUCCAAGGAAGCGGAGAGCAAGUCCGACCUGAAGUGCUCCGUGGUCGCCGAGGGCGGCCAGCUGCUGCGCUUGAAGAGGGCGGACACGGUGGCGCUGCGCUCGGAUUUGGCCCGCAUCGACAAUCAGUGGAGCGAGCUAUUCACGCGCAUACCGGUUGUGCAAGAAAAGCUUCACCAGAUCCAAAUGGAGAAGCUGGCCUCCCGUCACGCCUUCUCAGAGCUGUUUAACUGGAUAUCGCUGAUGGAGAACAUCGUGGAGGAGGACGAAGAAAACCUCAAGAGUGCCGUAGGAUCCCACGUCAUUCGGGACUGCUUGCAAAAAUACAAGUGCUUAAGGGUGGAUUUAAGCUGCAAGCAGUUGACGGUGGACUACGUCAACCAGUCGGUGCCGCACCUGAGCGCUCGCGACGCGGAGAGCAAGCGCAGUGACAAGACUGAUUUCGCCGAGCGUCUGGGCACCAUGAACAGGCGCUGGCAGAUCUUACAGGGCCGGAUCAACCAGCAGAUCCAAUUCCUGGAGAACCUGCUGCAGAUGUGGCUGGAGUACGAGAGUAGCGUUCAGAACCUCAAGUCCUGGAUGGGAACUCAAGAAGAACGGAUGAAGAGGAAACACGGGACAGAGGACCCGAUUUCGGUGCAGAACGCGCUGAAGGACUGUCAGGAAAUGGAGGAGCUUCUCAAGAGCAAAGGAACAGAACUGGAGCGGGUGGAGGAGCAGGGUUGUGCUCUUGUCCAGAACAAAACCGACGAGGCCUGCGCUAUCGUCAUGGAGACACUCCAAGGCGUCAACCACACCUGGGCCAACCUGAAUCACCUGAUCGUCCAGCUGAAGAUCAGCCUGACAUCGGCGUCGGCUCGGUGGAGUCUCUACAAAUGCGCAUUAGAGGAGAUCAACGGCUACCUGACGGAGGGACGAUAUUCCUUGUCCCGCUUCCGCCUCCUCACCGGUUCGUUGGAGGCUGUUCAACAGCAGGUGCAAGGUCUCGAGAGUUUACGAGAAGAGCUGGAGAAGCAGGAGAGCAGUCUGAGGAAGUUGGCUGCCGUCACGCAGCAGCUGCUGAAAGAGUGUCACCCGUCUGUGUCGGAUUCCCUCCAUCGUGCCCUCGAUGAUGCCAACGCAAGAUGGUCCGCUCUUCUGGACGAAAUAUCAGAGCGUCUGAGGAGCGCCAAAGCUCUCCGGCAACUGUGGGAGAGCUACGAGGACCUCCGCCAGCAGAUUUCCACCAGUGUUCUUCUCCAGGAAGAGAAAACCGAGCGGCUCCUCGAGAUGGCGUGUGGUGAGGAUGUGGCUGACGAGCACGUGAGCGCCUGGAUUCGGCGACGCGACGAGCUUCUCCGUUCCCACGUCCCGGCGCGGGCUUCCUUGCAGGUUCUCCGUGAGCUCGGGGAACAGCUGAAGCGGCAGGUGGACGCGCCGACCGCCUCCUCCGUUCAGUCAGACCACCUGGCGCUUUCUCAGCGCUUGGCUGCGCUCGAGCGAGCGCUCGACAGACAACUCGUCACGCUGCAGACCGGCGUCCUGGACUAUGAGACCUUCAACCGGCAGUUAAACGCUUUAGAGGGCCGGACGGCAGAAGCCGAGGAAGCUCUCGGGGUGCGGGAUCCUGAUGGCUCCGCCGACCCGACUCUCGUCCAAGAGCGCAUGCGGGAGCUGGAGGAAUUGAUGAUGAAGUUCAGCGGAGCGGCACCGGAAUUGGAGCGACUCAACGAACUGGGUUACCGGCUCCCGCUCAACGACGGCGAGAUCAAACGCGUGCAGAACCUCAACAGAAACUGGACAGCGGCCUCGGCGCAGACUGCCGAGAGAUUUAGCAAACUGCAGUCCUUCCUGCUUCAGCGGCAAACCUUCUUGGAAAAGUGCGAGACCUGGAUGGACUUCUUGGUCCAAACGGAGCACAAUCUAGCCGUGGAAAUCUCCGGCAACUACCAGAGUUUGACGGAGCAACAGAAGGCUCAUGAGUUGUUUCAGGCUGAGAUGUUCAGCCGGCAGCAGAUCCUCCACUCCAUCAUCAGUGACGGACAAAAGAUGUUGGAACAAGGUCAAGUGGAUGACAGGAAGGAGUUCAACCUGAAGCUAGCGCUGCUGAGCAACCAGUGGCAGGGUGUGGUGCGGCGUGCUCAGCAGAGGCGCGGCAUCAUCGAUGGCCUGCUCCGCCAAUGGCGGCGCUACCGGGAGAUGCUGGACAAGCUGCUCAAGUGGCUCCUGGACGCCGAGCCGCCGGCCGAGGGUCUUCGGCCCGGGACCGCCGUUCCUCUGCAGCGGGCUCGCGCCAUGUUGGACGCAGUCCAGCUGAAGGAGAAAGUUCUGCAGCGGCAGCAAGGCAGCUACAUCCUGACGGUGGAGGCCGGCAGACAACUGUUGCUGUCGGCCGACGGCCCGGCCGAGGCGACGCUACGAGCCGAGCUGACAGACGUCCAGCGGCGCUGGAACCGAGCCACUGGGUGCCUAGAAGAAGCCGGGAGGGAGCUCGCCGCUUCGUUGAAGGACUGGGAGCGCUGCGACAAAGGCAUCGGUGCGUCUUUGGAGAAGCUGCGGGCCUUCAAAGCGCAACUGGCUCAGCCGUUACCCGACCACCACGAUGAGCUCCAGGACCAGAGGAUGCGUUGCAAGGAACUGGAGGGCGCCCUGGAAGGCUGGACGGCAGAUUUGUCCCACUUGAGCGUCCUGAGAGAGUCGCUGACUCGCCACAUUAGUGCCGAGGACCUGCGCGUGCUGCAAGAGCGCAUGGAGCUGCUGCAUCGCACGUGGGACCAAAUCUGCCACCAGCUGUCUCUGCGCGGGCGGCAGGUGUCGGAAAAGUUGAACGAGUGGAGCGUCUUCGGGGACAAGUACAAGGAGCUGUGCGAGUGGCUCACCUCCAUGGAGGCCAAGGUCUCGCAAAACGGCGACGUCAGCAUCGAGGAGAUGAUCCGCCGGCUGCGCAAGGACUAUCAGGAGGAAAUUUCAGUGGCCGAAGAGAACAAGGUGCACCUCCGUCAGCUCGGUGAGCGUCUGGCCCGGGCCAGCCGCCCCGACAAGGCCGCCGAAAUCCAACACAAGCUCGGCAAAGUGGACGAGCGCUGGCGGCACCUCCUGGACCUGGUCGGAGCCAGAGGUAAGAAGCUGAGGGAGACCCUGGCGGCCGUGCAGCAGCUGGACAAGAACAUGAGCGAACUGCGCACCUGGCUGGCCGGCGCGGAGGCCGAGCUAUCUCGACCCAUCGCCUACGACUCUUGUGAUGUCCAAGACAUUCAACGCAAGCUUCAUCUGCAACAGGAGCUUCAGAGCGACAUCGAGAAGCGCAGCGGUGGCGUGGCGUCGGUGCUGAACCUGUGCCAGGUCUUGCUGCACGACUGCGACGCAUGCGCCACCGACGCCGAGUGCGACUCCAUCCAGCGAGCCACGCGCAGCCUGGACCGUCGUUGGAGGAGUAUAUGCGCUUCCUCCGUCGAAAGGAGACUCAAGAUCGAGGAAACGUGGCGUUUGUGGCAGAAGUUCCUGGAUGACUUUUCGAACAUGGAGGAGUGGCUGGCCGCUUCCGAAAAGACUGCCGCGCUGCCUAAUUCCUCAGGGGUUUUAUACACCGAAGCCAAGGAAGAACUCAAGAAAUUUGAGACCUUUCAGCGGCAGGUCCACGAAAACCUGACGCAGCUGGAACUGCUGAACAAGCAGUACCGCCGCCUGGCCAGAGAAAACCGUACGGAUGCCGGCGGCGGCCUGAAGGAGAUGGCCCAUGCCGCCAACCGCCGCUGGGACGAUCUGCACAAGAGGGUAGCGGCCAUCAUCCGCCGCCUCAAGCACUUUAUCGGUCAGAGGGAGGAGUUUGAGACGGCCAGGGACGGCAUCUUGGUGUGGUUGACCGAGAUGGACCUGCAGCUCACCAACAUAGAACACUUCUCCGAAUGUGACAUCCAGGCCAAAAUUAAACAGCUCAGGUCGUUCCAGCAGGAGAUCUCGCUGACCGCAACCAAGAUCGAGGCCAUCUUCGCGCAGGGCCGAGGUCUGAUGGAGAAGAGCGAGCCGCUGGACGCUGCCGUUAUCGAGGAGGAGCUGGAGGAGCUGCGACGCUACCGCCGGGAGGUCUUCGGCCGAGUCCGCCGAUACUACAAGAAGCUCGUCCGCCUGCCAUUGGCCGAGGACGACGGCGAAGCUUCGCCGUCGGACCGUGAACCGGAUGAGGGUGGUGCCGAGUCGUUGGGCGCGCCGCCCUGGGGCGAUGGCUUCCCUUCGUCGCCACCGCCUUCCUCGGGACGCUCGCGCGCCGCCGAGCGCUCGGGCCGGGAUACGCCGGCCAGCGUGGAUUCCAUCCCGCUGGAGUGGGACCACGACUAUGACCUAAGCCGCGGCCCGGAGAGGAGUGAUGAGUCCCGCUUCCCGCCGCGCCCUGCCUCCGCCCUGUCGGGGGAGGCGGCCUCAUCGGACUCGCCGCCGCCACCGCCUGCCGCUGCUAUUGACCUGGAUACCUCCUACAUGGGAUACAUGAGACUGCUGGGUGAGUGUCGCGGCAACAUCGACACGGUGAGGAGGAUGGGCUACGAGUUGAAAGAGGAAGAGGACGCCGCGUCCGGAUUGGCCAAUCCCGUCGGCGCCGAGUUCCAAGCGUCCGGGGUGAUCGAACGCUGGGAGCUCCUGCAGGCUCGGGACCUCAGCGAGGAACUCCGUGGCAAACAGAACCGUCAGCGGCGGCGCCAGCUCCGCUCAGAUAUUGAAAACGUGCGCUCGUGGCUCUCGGAGGCGGCCGAUGAGCUGGAGCGCCAGCGGAAGCUGGACCCCGGCACUGACGUCCAGACCAUCCGCUUCCGCAUCAAGAAGCUCAAGGAGCUGCAACGGGCCUGGGACGAGCGGAAAGGCGCGGUGCUGUCCGUCAACUUGUGCGGGGCUGACUUGGCGCGCUCGGAGACGGACGAGUCCGAGGAGCUGAGGGCCAAACUCAAGGACGUGAACGAGCGCUGGGACCGGAUGGCCGCCUCCUUGGAUGAAUGGAGGUCUUCGCUGCAGGGAGCCCUCAUGCAGUGUCAGGACUUCCACGAGAUGAGUCACGGUCUUCUGCUGUGGUUGGAGAACAUCGAACGGAGGCGCAACCAGCUGGUCCCCGUCGAUCCGGUCCGGGACGUCAACACCCUGCAAGAGCAACACAAGGCGCUCACGCAAAUACGACAGGAGCUGCUGGACUCCCAGAGGAAGGUGUCGACGCUGCAGGACAUGUCGCUGCAGUUGCUGGUCAACUCGCAGGGCGGCGACUGCCUGGAGGCCAAGGAGAAGGUCCACAUCAUCAGCAACCGCCUCAAACUGCUGCUCAAGGAGGUUACCCGGGACUUGAGGGAGCUGGCCGGAAUCCUGGACCUAGGCGGCAGUCAGCAGGAUCUGUCAUCUUGGUCCUCUGCCGACGAUUUGGACAGCGGGUCCGGAUCGCUGAGUCCGGCCUCAGGGAGGAGCACCCCUAGCCGCCGCCGAUCGCAGCGGGGCAAAUGUACCGUGUCACGGCGCGGCGGUCCCGUGAACGUUCCACAGCACAGGUGUCGCAGCGGCGCUGGGUGCGCUUCCUGCCCUUCUGAGGCCAGGGCGGCGCCUUCCUUGGCGCGCCGUGUCCUGCGGAUGGCGCUGCCCCUGCAGCUGGCUCUCAUGCUCCUGGUGCUGGUGGCCUUCCUGCUGCCCCUGUCCGAGGCCGACUACUGCGUGCAGUCCAACAACUUGGCUCACUCCUUCUACCCCAUGCUGAGCUACACCAACGGACCCCCACCCGUCUAG